GAUAUGAAAUUCCAACUAAAUUCGACGAGCGCAGGUCUUGUUUCCAUCUAGUACACAAAUGGACCUCCUCAGCCUUUGGAAGCUCUCAGAUCCCAAAUCUCAAGGCUAUGUGUCACUAUCAGAGUUUCUCCAACAGCUCCGCGGCAAGCGACCGCGAAGUCCAGUCCCUGGACCAUCGCACUACAAUCCAAAUCCGGAUUGCAUUGAGCGAGCUGCCCAUACUGUUGGUCGCUGUGCGCUCACGCUCGAUAUUUAUGAGAAGCCCGGUUACAUCACGACAUAUUAUUAGAAUAUGCUGAAUAACCAAGAUUGACCCCGGUCGGAUACCAGGCUCAGGGGCAAUCCCAAGCAGUGUAGGACUACCGUGUGACAGCGCCUGAAACACAAGAAUCGUGCUUGCCCCGCUCUCUGUACACUCAUGCAUGCGAACCUUGUGCGCUGCGGGGCAGUGCAUCAAUACAGGCGCGUGAUGGGCCCCGAGUGCAAUCCUUUGUGAGUUGGUGUGAAGUCCAGGGUGAAGCCUGGGGCUGGAGCGCCAUUUAAAUCGCUUCCGUCCACUUGGCCUUUCGUAUCUCCCACUAUCUUAGCUAAAGGAAGCAAAGUU